GUUAAAAUACGUCUAUAAGCGUCUGUCAUUUGAAAGCGAUGGCAGCCACCAAAGCUUCCAAAGAACAGAAAUACGACAGACAACUCAGACUGUGGGGUGACCAUGGUCAGGAGUCACUGGAGAAUGCACAUGUUUGUCUCAUCAACGCCACUGCAACUGGGACAGAGAUACUGAAGAACCUAGUGCUUCCAGGUAUUGGAGCAUUCACCAUAGUCGAUGGACACACUGUUUCGGGAGAAGAUGUUGGAAACAACUUUUUCCUCACCAACAACAGCAUUGGAAAGAAUCGAGCACAGGCUGCCACUGAGCUGCUACAAGAACUAAACACUGAUGUCUCUGGAAACUUUGUCGAGGAGAGUCCAGACAAGCUUCUGGACAAUGAUCCUGAGUUUUUCCACAGGUUCAGCAUAGUUAUCGGUGUCCAGUUGCCAGAAAGCACAUGUUUGAGGCUGGGCUCAGUUCUGUGGAGCGCCUCGGUACCUUUCCUCGUCUGUAAGAGCUAUGGCCUGAUUGGCUACAUGCGACUCGUCGUGCAGGAGCAUACAGUGAUUGAAUCCCACCCGGACAAUGCCUUGGAGGACCUCCGGUUAUUCAAGCCUUUUCCUGAAUUCAAGAGCCACAUUGAGUCCUACGACCUUGACAGCAUGGACAAGAAGGAUCACAGUCACACACCGUGGGUUAUCAUCAUUGCUAAGCACCUAGAGAAAUGGCUGAGUGAGCACGACUGUCAGGCACCGAAGAACUACAAGGAGAAAGACGCCUUCAGACAGUUCAUUCGAGAAGGGAUCCUGAAGAAAGAGAAUGGUGUCCCAGAGGACGAAGAAAACUUUGAAGAAGCUAUUAAGAAUGUGAAUACUGCUUUAAAUCCAACCAAGACUCCUAGUGCUGUUGAAGACCUCUUCAAUAGUGAGCAGUGUAACAACAUCACAUCACAGUCCCCGUCCUUCUGGGUGAUGCUCAGAGCUGUAAAGGAGUUUGUCCUUAAAGAAGGCAAUGGAAGCCUUCCUGUACGGGGAAGCAUCCCAGAUAUGAUCGCAGACUCUCAGAAGUUCAUCAACCUCCAAAAUGUUUACAGGGAAAAGGCCUUGCAGGAUGCAGCAGCUGUUUGUAAGCACGUAGAAAGCCUAUUGCAGUCUAUAGGAAAGCCACCAGAGAGCAUCUUGGAAAAGGACAUCAAACUGUUCUGUAAGAACUCAUCAUUUCUGAGGGUGGUGCGCUGCAGAUCUCUGGCUGAAGAAUAUAGUGUGGAUUCAGUAAAUAAAGAUGAAAUCACCUCAAGCAUGGACAAUCCAGAUAGCGAGAUGGUCUUCUACCUCAUGCUGCGCGCUGUAGAUCGCUUCUAUCAGCAGCACUCCCGCUACCCAGGAGUUUAUAACUACCAGGUGGAAGAUGACAUCAGCAAACUGAAGCUCUGUGUGAACAGCCUCCUGCAGGAGUACAGCCUCAACGUCAACAUUAAAGAUGAUUACAUCCAUGAGUUCUGUCGAUAUGGUGCAGCAGAGCCACACACAGUCGCUGCAUUUUUAGGAGGAUCUGCUGCUCAAGAGGCCAUCAAGAUCAUCAGCCACCAGUUUGUGCCCUUCAACAACACUUUCAUUUACAAUGCCAUGUCACAGACCUCCGCUACCUUACAGUUGUGAAUACAGAAACUGAUCCAGAAAACAGAACCAGAUCAAAAGAAGCACUUACCAACUUGCUUUAUUCAAUCUAAACUGAAAUAUUGCAUUUUAUAUCAAAUUUGAAUAGGAUUACUGCUCAAAUGUAUGCACUAAAAUCGAAAAAUGCUUCUAAUGUUAAAGGUUCUUUUAAAAAGUAUCGACUAUAAAGCCUCGCCUUCUUUGUUUGUGAAGGGGUAGACAUCAGGAUGGCACCUACAGAGGAUUUCUUCAAACGUUUUUUGUGGCAGACCUCAUCAAACAAAGCUGGAAACUCAACAUUAAAGGAUGAUUAUACAAUAUAGCAGCACUUUCUAAA